UUGUAACAUAUCUGUCAUUGUCAAAUUGUAAAUGUUUUUGGGGUGUUGAUAUAAGCGUGUAGGUGUUCAUGAUUUAUCAAGUUAUUUAGAAAUUAAUACACGAUGAAGACAGCACUAAUGGUGGCUGAAAAGCCAUCGUUAGCUCAAAACUUGGCUAACAUACUCAGCAACGGAAAAUGCGGCACCAACAAAGGAACAAACGCGGCAUGUGCUGUACACGAAUGGAACGGAACGUUUAAAAACGAGCCGGUUCAUUACAAAAUGACGUCGGUUUGUGGGCAUGUGAUGAGUUUGGAUUUUACGGGUAAAUACAAUAAUUGGGACAAAGUUGAUCCUAUCGAGCUGUUUAGCUGCCCUACGGAAAAGAAGGAGGCGAUGCCUAGACUGAGAAUACCGGCGUUUCUGUCUCAGGAGUCGAGAGGGUGUGACUAUCUCAUUCUGUGGCUUGAUUGUGACAAAGAAGGAGAGAACAUUUGUUUUGAGGUAAUGUCAUGUGUACAACCAUAUAUGAAAGGGGAUGUGCUGUCCCCUCAAGUGACAUACAGGGCGAGGUUCUCAGCUAUCACAGAGAAGGACAUCAAGGCGGCCAUGUUGAACCUGGUCAGACCUAAUGAGAAUGAGUCGCGCAGUGUGGACGCAAGGCAAGAACUUGAUUUGAGGAUUGGAUGUGCAUUUACUAGGUUCCAGACUAAAUAUUUUCAAGGCAGAUAUGGAGAUCUUGAUGCAUCCCUCAUAUCCUACGGACCAUGCCAAACACCGACUCUAGGUUUCUGUGUACAACGCCAUGAUGAAAUCCAGACUUUCAAGCCUGAAACAUACUGGGUGCUCAGAGUGACCGCAAGUACAUCUGAGGGUAGGGAGUUACCCCUUGAGUGGAAGAGAGUGCGGUCAUUUGAGAAGGAUAUAGCAAAUAUGUUUCUUGCGGGCAUCAAGGAGAUUAAAGAGGCAACGGUAGUUAAUAUUCAAGCUAAAGAGAAGAUUAAGCCACGUCCAGUCGCCCUUAACACUGUGGAGCUGAUGAGAGUUGCUAGUGCGGGUUUGGGAAUGGGACCCCAUCAUGCUAUGCAGGUGGCCGAGCGCUUGUACACACAAGGUUACAUCUCAUACCCGCGCACAGAGACAACUAGUUAUCCAGAAAACUAUGAUCUCAUGGGAACACUACGCCAACAACAGAAUUCAGUAAAAUGGGGCACUGAGGUGCGAGCGAUCAUUGCAAAUGGUAUCAACAAGCCGAAGAAAGGUCACGACGCUGGUGACCAUCCACCCAUCACGCCAAUGAGACCGGCUACCGAGGCGGAGUUGGAAGGCGACAUGUGGCGCAUAUACGACUACGUGACGCGCCACUUUAUAGCGACGCUGUCACGGGACUGCAAAUAUUGCAGCACCACCAUUACCUUCCAGAUUGGAACGGAAACCUUCUACUACACCGGGAACACCCUUGUGGACGCAGGAUACACCGAGAUUAUGCAUUGGCAGGCAUUUGGCAAAGAUGAGUUCGUGCCAGUAUUGCAAGUGGAUGAUUUGUUGCGAGCGCAUGACCAUCGUCUCGUUGAAUGCCAGACCUCGCCGCCAGACUAUCUCACCGAGUCAGAGGUAAUCACCCUAAUGGAGAAGCAUGGUAUAGGAACCGACGCGUCCAUACCGGUCCACAUUAACAACAUAUGCCAACGGAACUACGUUACCGUCGGCAGUGGAAGGAGGCUCGUCCCCACCAAUCUGGGCAUAGUGCUUGUGCACGGGUAUCAAAAGAUUGAUCCAGAGCUAGUCCUACCCACAAUGCGUUCAGCAGUAGAGGAACAGUUGAACCUGAUCGCGGUAGGUCGGGCCGACUUCCAAGCCGUACUCUCCCACACCACUGAGAUAUUCCGUCGCAAGUUCCAGUACUUCGUGAGAUCUAUAGAGGCCAUGGACCAGCUGUUUGAGGUCAGCUUUUCGUCUCUGAAGGCGAGCGGUAAAGCGCUGUCAAGAUGUGGGAAGUGCAGGCGGUACAUGAGAUAUAUUCAGGCCAAACCGGCGCGUCUCCACUGCUCGCACUGCGAUGACACGUAUGGCCUGCCGCAGAACGGCACCGUGCGCAUCUACCGCGAGCUCAAGUGUCCGCUCGACGACUUCGAGCUGCUCACCUGGUCCUCGGGCAACAAGGGCAAGAGCUUCCCGCUCUGCCCAUAUUGUUACAACCACCCACCGUUCAGGGACAUGCGCAAAGGUUUCGGUUGCAACUCGUGCACGCACCCGACGUGUCCGUACGGCGUGAACUCGACCGGCGUGUCGGGCUGCGUGGAGUGCGAGAGCGGCGUGCUCGUGCUCGACCCCUCCGCGCCCAAGUGGAAGCUCGCCUGCAACCGUUGCGACGUGAUCAUCAACAUAUUCGAGGAGGCGACGCGCGUGGCGGUGUGCGAGCAGCAGUGCGCGGCGUGCGGCGCGCAGCUCGUCACGGCGGAGUACCGCGCCGGCCGCACGCGCCUGCCCGCCGCUCUCACCGAGAUGACGGCCUGUCUGUACUGCGAGCCUAGCUUCAGUGCGCUGGUGGAGAAGCACCGCGCGGUGUGCGCACGCGCAACGCCGGCGCGACCACGAGGCCCGCGCGCGCGCACAAACAAGCACCGCAACAAGCAGCCCAAGGACAAGAUGGCGCAGCUCGCAGCUUACUUUGUGUAACCAGUAACCGCGUCUUAGGAUCGUAUUAAUAAAUCGAUUUAAUUUUUGAGUUCAAAUCAAGUCGACAUUUGAUAUUCUAAACUAUUUAAUAACCAAUGCUUAAGUUGUCAUUUAAGGGCUUGUUCUCAGCUAAGUCAGUGCUGUUGAAUAAGCAAGUCAGCUCUCAAAAUCCGUAUAUUGUUACUUAUAGUGUCAAUUGAGGCGAUGUUUGCAUGCCCUUGAUAAAUAGUGAUUAUCUUAAGAUGUUGACCUUAGCGACAGCGUCCCAGCUGAUAUCUCACUUGAGAGCGAAAUUGAGUUGCAUUUAUUAAUAUGGCCCUUACAACCAUAUUGUUUAACUUGUUAACUACUAAUUCCAUACUUAUUUUUUUUUAUUUUUGUCAUAAAAUAAUAGCGCAGAAAACAACGUAUGCGAUAACCAGAUUUAUUUUAUAGACAAUUCCAUUACACUUAUCUGGCGAUUGCAAGUAAAAAAAAUUAAUUCAUACUUACCAUGUAAUUAUGUAUGAUUAAAAAAAAUACACUUCUACUAUUUCAUUGCAAAUUUUGCACCUCGUUUGUAGUCCAAUUAUUAUACUUCAUUUUUGAACAUCCUGUAUGAAGUACGAGAUACGCAUAACAGUUUUGCACCCGCCUGUAUAACGUCCCUAAUUCCGGGUUUUUGAUACUAGUAUAACAUCAUGUAUUAGUUAUAAUUUAUUAGUACCAUAAAUGUGCAAUAUAAAAUCUACCUUUCAGUGGCAACAUAUUUAUUGUAGCAAAAAUAUACUAAUCUAAUUAAGUAUGAAACAGUUGCCACGUGUGUGUAAGAGCAUCAGUUAAGAACGUCUAGAUCGGCUUGACUGAUUCCUUUGUUUUGUGUUCCUAAUUAUUGGGAUAUGGUUUGUAUCAAAUAUUUUUGAUAAAUCAACGGGAAAGGAUUGGAUAAGUUGGCGAUUUGGGUUAUAAUUUUAUAUGAAUAUAUUUUUUUGUGCACGUUCAUCUCCGAAAUGAAACAGAUUUUAUUGAAAUUGCCUGAGUUUAGUUAGUCAGCUUGCAUGAUGGGAUAAUUUUGGACCCGAUUGGUGGCGCUGUUGGCGAAACCUAAAAGAUGGAAAGUAGUUUCUUUUGUGAUAGGACUUCUACCGGGCCCACUAGUAAAUAAAAAACAUUCACGUCGAAUUGAUAACUUCCUCCUUUUUUUGAAGUCGGUUAAUAAAAAGCUUACUUAGGAGUUAGCAUAUAAUCAGGAUACAUUUUUAAAUUAACUAGUACAUAACCUUUUUGUAUAAAUGGCCCAGUGGUAAUACACAGUAAGUACCAUUGACGUAUAUUCUAUAGACACGGGCGUCCAUAUAAAAUAUUUGUUCAAAAUCUGGAGUUAGAACUAAAGUUCGCUGCAGCGCUAAAACAUCCAAAUGUUGUCUAACCAAACUUUUAAAAUAAGUAUCGCUAAAGCGUUUUAAAGAGCUGUCAAUGUUGACACCAUACUAAAGUCAGUUUGAAUGGAUUGCAGAUCAAUUCGGUUAAACACAACACAUAUAUAUCGAUGCAUAGUAUAGAAUGUUACCUAUAGUCCUGCGUUCGAAUCUAAAAUCGGCGAUUCUUUAUAGGUCAAAAUGGCGACAGGUUCGCAGUAUGGCACAAAAAAAAAUGGUUUAUUUUUUUGCUUUCUGUUUACCCCAUAGGAUUGCUGUCUACAAUUUUGAAAGUAAGUGUAACUCUCUUAAACAUAAUAAUCGAAUAUAGUGUAAUUAGGUCUCUAUCGUGUUUGUAUUUAUUUAUUUUUAAAAUAAAUAAGUUGAAUGUGA